AUGGCAGACCAACAAAGUGGUCGAAUCAGUGCGUAUUUCAGCGCCUCAAAGCCACUCGUUCCUAAAAAAAGACCAUAUGAUUCCACUACCUCUUCCCCAUAUCAAAUUAAAGGCUCAAGCAAUGUUGAUCGUGCUGCGAGUAGGGUUUCGUUUGCGAAGAGAGUUCCUCUUGCAGAGGUUUCAUUAAACAGACUCAAUUCGACAGGGAAUGGCGGCGAAGCAUCUUGUGACGCAAUUCACUGCAGUUCAAUUGCAAGGACAGUGGUUGGGAAGGAGAGUCUGUGUCAAUCGAAUUUCGAAACUCCAAGGAAAAUACCUGGAGGAGUUAAAACUGAAACACUUGAUUACUUUUCUGGAAGUGGCCUAUUCGAUGAUGAUUUUGAUGACUCCAUUUUGGAACAGAUUGAUGUUCUUUGCGAGGAGAAAUCCGGGGUGAAAGCAGCUGGGCAGGUGUUAGACCAUAGUUGUCAGGAGAAAGUUUCAAGCGAGAUUGGUGUAGUUGGUAAUAUUGUUUAUAAGGAUAUUGGAAAUGAUGAUUUUGAUGAGUCCAUUUUGGAACAAAUUGACAUUCUUUGUGAGGAGAAAUCUGCGGUGAAAGCAGCUGGGCAUGGGUUAGAUCACAGUUGUCAGGAGAAAGUUUUGAGCGAAACCAAUGUAGUUGGUGAUAGUGGUAUAGGUUCGGGAACUAGGGCUUUAUCUAAUGGUGUAGAAGAUUUUGAUUUUGAUGAGUCUAUUUUGGAGCAAAUUGAUAUUCUUUGUGAGCAGAAAUCUGCGGUGAAAGCAUUCUGGCAGGGGUUAGAUGAUAGUUGUCAUGAAAAAGUUUUGAGUGAGAGCGGUGUAGUUGGUAACUUUGAUCUGGUUUCAGGAACUAGUUCUGUUUCUAAGGGCAUAGGAAAUGGUGACAUGUUUAGUCCUGGGAUUGCUUUGGAUCAUAAAGAAGAAUGUGUGCAUAGUGAUAGUACUAGGCAAGGUUUAUUGAGUGGAACCAUGCCGGAGGAAUAUUCUAAAUACUUGGAAUCCCUAAAUGAUAGACAAAGAGAAGCAGCUUGCACUGAUGUUUCCACUCCUUUAAUGAUUGUAGCUGGUCCAGGAAGUGGAAAGACAUCUACAAUGGUUGGGCGAGUUUUGAUGCUGCUUAAUGAGGGCAUUAGUCCGUCAAACAUUCUUGCAAUGACAUUUACAUCCGCAGCAGCCACUGAAAUGAGAAAACGUGUUGGAGCCAUAACUGGGAAGGAAAUAGCAAAAGAACUUACAAUCAGCACUUUUCAUUCAUUUUGCUUGCAACUUUGUCGUUCACAUGCAGAAAAGUUAGGUCGUACAUCUGAAUUCUUAAUAUAUGGACAAUGGCAACAGCGAAAUGCAAUUAUUGAGGCCACCCGAUUAUUAGAAAACGAAAUAAGUAAACAUGAAAAUGGCGAGUUGUUGAUUGGAGAAGCGUCUGAUAGUCUAAAGGCCCCUAAACAGUUUAAGGAUAAGGCAAAGAAGUGGCAAAGUUUUGUGACUCAGGCCAAAGCCUCAGGAAGAACUUCUGCAGAAUUUCGUGAAAUGGGCAAUGAAAUAGGAGCAGAAGUUCUUGAGAAUUACAGUAACAUAUUAAAAUCGUGUAAUGCUCUGGAUUAUCAUGAUUUGAUCAGCUGUUCUGUGAAGCUACUCACUGAUUUUCCCGAAGUUUUCAGAGAAAGUCAGGAUUCAUGGAAAGCUGUUGUCAUAGAUGAGUUCCAAGAUACUAGUGCCAUGCAAUAUAAGUUUCUAAAAACUCUUGCAUCCCAUCAUAAAAUAACAAUUAUUGGUGACGAUGAUCAGUCCAUUUUCAGUUUCAAUGGAGCUGACAUUUCCGGAUUUAUUUCCUUUCGUAAUGAUUUUCCAAACUACAAAGAGAUCAGGCUUAACAAAAACUAUAGGUCCACACGUUACAUUGUCGAAGCUGCAUCUGCACUUAUUCAAAAUAAUGCCAAGCGAUGUCAGUUGAAGAAUGUUCUUACUGAUAACUCUUCUGGUUCGAAGGUAGUUAUGAAGGAGUGUCACAAUGAGGAUGCACAAUGUGCAUUUAUUGUUGACAAAAUCUCAGAAGUUUUAUCUAAUCAUUCAGCAGAUAACUGUUCCUAUGGAAACAUUGCAAUUCUCUACCGCAGGCGGGUAUCAGGGAAAGCCUUCCAAAUGGCUUUUCGGGAUAGGAAAAUACCGUUUAACAUUCAUGGUGUGGCAUUUUACAGAAAAAAGGUAGUCAAAACUAUUAUUGCUAUGCUCCGAACGGCACUGCCUGGUUGUGAUGAUGACUCAUAUAGUAGAGUCUUCAAGGCUUUACUUCCUUUCGAGAAGGAUAUGAAAAAGAGGGUAAUUGACCAUAUUAGCAAAAUUUCAACUAGUAGAAAAUGCAGUUUCUUAUCAGCCGCACGUGACAUCUUUAGUGCAAAGAUUUCUGGUACUUUUAAAAGGAGUGAGCUUACCCACGGAAGGAAGACUUUAACGACACUAGAGAUCAUAUCAAAACUUGUUCACAGGGAAAAUUCAAUUUCAACUAUCAUAAAUUCUGUGGCAAACAUGAUACCAGAGAAGUACCUUCUUGAGCAACGGGCCACUGUUGAUGUUGAUGGAGGGACAUUGUUGAAUGAAGACUAUGACAUCAGAUCUGUUCUUCAAUACCUAUUAGAUGAUGUAUCUGAGUUUUUGUCUACCAAAUUCAUUGAGAUAAGAGGGGAAAAGGAAAUGUCAGAAGAUAAAGGCUGCAUUUUUGUGCUAAAAUCAUUCAUUGAUUAUUUAUUUGAGCGUGAGAAAGAAAAUUUCCGUGCUCGGAGGAAGGAUAAUGAUAAUUCUGUGACGUUGACUACCAUUCAUCAGGCGAAAGGCUUAGAAUGGGAUAUUGUCUUCAUAGUUAAGGCAAAUGAAUCUGAGAUUCCUCUAUUACAUGAAUACAAAGGUGUUGUGAAGGACACUGCAGCCAUAGUUGAGGAAGAAAGACGUUUACUAUAUGUUGCAAUGACUCGUGCUCGGCAGAAGCUUUUUAUUCUCUAUGUCACCGUGGACUCAAAUUGGCAGAUGCUUCAACCUUCCCGAUUUCUGAAAGAAAUCCCUCAUCAUCUUCUAGAGUUUCAGAGUGAAAUAAAUAUGCAAGAAGUACAAAUAAAGCGAGAUGGUCAUCAAAAAGAAACUACCAAUUGUACCACUGAUUUGUUGAUUAAAAAACAACAAUCUGAGGCUGAUCUGAUCCCUGUGCCAAAUGACUUGCUCAACUACCAUUUUAGCGAGGCUUCUGAUGAGCUUGCAGAAUUUGCAGAGGCGAACAAUGGCAAUGAUUUCAUAAGAAGAUUCAAUGUAGAAGAGAGAUCUGUUGUUUCCCAUAUGUUCCAUAAAUGGGCCAAAAAGAAAGCAUUUCAAGAUCCAAAGAGGUUGCUAGAUAAGGUUGGUUUUGUAAUUGAUGAACGCCUUAGACAGAAGAAGAACAAACACAAGGAUUUAUUGAAUUCUCUAAAGUCCCGCUUAAGCUGUGAUGAAGCAAUGCAGUAUGCUCAAUAUGUUUUGAGAUGGGAACAAAUUCCAGCUGAUAAACGUGCUCAUCUUAUGAGGGAAAAACAGGAACAUUUCUUGAAAUUAAAGAUUGAGAAUGCAAUGGGUUCGGCAACACCAACUGACAAGCAGAUCUCAUAUUUGAAGAAAUUGGGGUGCACCACGACCCCUACAUCUCGCCUUCAUGCAUCUCAUCUUAUUGAGCAAUACAAAUCAUUGUAA